AUGUCGACACCAGCACCUGUUCCCCGACCAAACGUCGACGAGAUGACGCCCUCUCCCAAGCCUAAGCCGCAGCAAACCAAAAAUGCGGCCAUACACUACCCCUUCUGGUUCGGUGGCAGCGCUGCCUCAAUGGCAGCGGUAGUCACCCAUCCUCUAGACCUGGUCAAGGUACGCCUGCAGACACGCCCGUCUUCUGCGCCUACAACCACCAUCAGCACAUUCACACAUAUUCUGCGGCAUGACGGACCCCUGGGACUCUAUGCCGGUCUCUCCGGCGCCCUCCUGCGCCAACUGACCUAUUCCACCGUGCGCUUCGGCGUGUACGAAGACCUCAAGACGAGAUUUGCUCCCGCGCCCACCCCCGAGAACCCUGCACCGCGCCCGUCGCUCCUCCAACUCGUCCUCAUGUCCUCGGUCGCAGGCCUGCUGGGUGGCAUCGCGGGCAACCCGGGCGACGUCCUCAACGUGCGCAUGCAGUCUGACGGCAACAAACCGCACGCGCACCGCCGCAACUACAACCACGCCCUUGACGGGAUAAUAAGAAUGUCUCGCGAAGAAGGAGUGGCCAGUUUAUUCCGCGGAGUGGAGGCGAACUCGACCCGAGCCCUGCUGAUGACGGCCUCGCAACUUGCGAGCUACGACGUCUUCAAGCAAUUCUGUCUUGGACGAUUGGGCAUGUCGGACAAUUUCGGAACACACUUUACGGCGUCUCUUGCCGCCGGCUUCGUCGCGACCACCUUGUGUUCGCCAGUCGAUGUGGUCAAGACGAGAGUCAUGAGUGCGGGCGCGAAGACGAGCAUCCUGCAAGUUCUCAGGGAUGCGGCGAGGAAGGAAGGCAUGCUGUGGGUGUUCCGCGGGUGGGUGCCGAGUUUCAUACGUUUGGGUCCACAGACAAUAUGUACCAUGGUGUUUUUCGAGCAACACAAGAAACUUUAUCGCCGGUGGAAGGGCAUCGAGGAGCCCACUGUUUAG